GAGGAAGAGCAACGACACGAUGACGGUGAACUCCAUGUGUCACCAGCCCAGUCUGCCACUAGAGGGCGUGGACCCCGGCCUGCUGCUCAACUUCACCUCCAGAGAAUGUCACAUGAUCCCACAGCCGACCGACCACGGAGCCAUGAUGGUCUGUGGUUGUCAGGGGGAACACGAGUGUAACGACAGACUGAUCUUCAACAAGGGAGCCAAUGGUUUCUUUAAGCUGCAGAGUAAAGACGUGAUCCCGGUGGUGGUGGUGAGUCUGGUUCCUCUCGUCCUUGUGGCCAUAGUGGCCACUGCUGCCUUCUACUUCUACCGCACACACCGCCCUGACAAACCCGGCCCUCCUGCACGCCCUGACUGGACCACCAAACGCACCCCGGAGCUCUAUCAGGCUUUGGACCUGCCGCGAGGGGGCGGAGGGGUUCGGGCGGAUGGUGGAGGAGGCGUGACGGGUCCUGGGUGUGAAAGAGAUCAUUCCAACGUCAAAGGGGCAUCUUUUGACAGUGACAUCAUCAGUGCCCUCACAGAUUGGCACGGCCAACUGUCUGAACCACUGCCGAUCAAACUAGACGUCCUGGUGGGGAAGGGUCGCUUUGCUGAAGUGUGGCGGGCCCGUCUGCUGCAGGGUGAGAGGGGAGGAGCUAACAGUUAUGAGACAGUGGCAGUGAAGGUGUUCCCAGCCAUAGAGUACGUCUCGUGGAGAAACGAGUGCAACAUCUUCACAGACCCCAAACUGGAGCAUGACAACGUGGUUCGAUUCCUGGCAGCUGAAGAGAGGGGUCCGCCCGGUCCCACGCUCAGAAAGUACUGGUUAGUUUUGGCCUAUCACAGCCUCGGGAACCUUCAGGAUUUCAUCACAGAAAACAUCCUGAGCUGGGAGGAGCUUGUUGCCAUGGCCGGGAGCGUUGCUAAAGGGUUAGCUCAUCUCCACAGUGACACGACACCCAGUGGGGUUCCAAAGGUGCCGGUCGCCCACCGCGACCUGAAGAGCAGCAACAUCGUGGUGAAGAGCAGGACGGAGUGCGCUCUGUGUGACUUCGGUCUGGCGUUAAGAUUGGACCUCGCUCUCACUGUAGACGACUACGCCAACAGUGGACAGGUGGGGACGGCUCGUUACAUGGCUCCCGAGGUGCUGGAGUCCAGGGUGAACCUGGAAGACCUGGAGGCCUUUAAACAGAUGGAUGUUUACUCCAUGGCGCUGGUCCUCUGGGAGAUGGCCUCCCGCUGCCACACCAUCGGAGAGGUGGAGCGGUACGAGCCGGCGUUUGGCUCCAAGGUUUGUGAGCAGCCGUGUGUGGACAGCAUGAGGGACCUGGUGCUGAGGGACAGAGGACGACCCGACAUCCCGUCAGCCUGGACGCAACACCAGGGGAUGAACGUCUUCUGCGCCACCAUCACUGAGUGCUGGGAUCACGACCCAGAGGCCCGACUGACGGCUCACUGUGUGGUGGAGCGCUUCAACGCCCUGCAGGAGGACGAGGAACUGAGACCAGAAGUGGUCAGAGACGAGGAGGAUGGACACAGACAAAAGAACUCAGAGACGCCAGAAGACGAUCAGAUCCGCUCCUCCUCCACGUCCUCCCUCCAGGUUCCUGAGCCACAGAGAGACGACCCAGAAGUUUCCCAUGAUUCCCUGGUUCACAGGGGUUCUGUGGUGUGAGUGGUCACAGGCCUCGUGUAUAAUCUGCUGGCAGAGACACUCAGACUCUUCUGUUGUAUGAAGAUGUGUCAUUUUAUCGGAGCUGGUCUCCGUGUGUGUGAUGAUUCUGUGAUUAUCAGUGCAACAACAAACCUAUUGUCAUGACUGAUAAUCGAUUAGUUAUAUCCAAUGCUUUUGUUUCUGUGGUAUGAAAAUGGAAAAGAGAGUCUUCCAACGUCCUCCUGAUUUGUAUAUUACAGAAUACAAACAGAACCAGAACACCACUGUUCAAUUCAAGUUCAAUUUUAUUUGUAAAGCAUCAAAUCAUAAUAAACCUGAUCUCAAGGCUCUUUCCAUAAAAAGAUCAACAACUUAGAAAUG